GUGACUGUCGGCUAAGCUUUCAUCGUCGCCAUAUUGGACAGGACUCUCUCAAAGAACGAAGGACCUCUCGAUACAACAGAAAUGUUUCAUGCUUUAAUCCCAUUUGAGGAGAUGGACCAAUUUUCUGACAUGGCUCUCGUAGUAGAGGGUCGUAAACUGCAUGUCAAUAAAGCAUACCUUAUGAUGCAUUCGCCUGUUUUCCAUAGAAUGUUUACUUCCAACUUUAAAGAGAAAAAUCUAAUGGAGGUCCCGCUUCCAGGAAAGAAAUAUUCUGAAGUGUCCGAGCUGUUGAAACAAAUCUACCCAGGAGAGCCAAUUGACUUGUUAAAUGAUGAAUCCCUUCCACAUCUUCUUAAACUCGCAGACGAGUAUGACAUGCGGCAAGUUUUUCACAACUGCCAGCAGCACAUCUUAAAAAAUCUCAUCGACAAGAGCAGACUGUCCACUGACCGAGUUCUUUUUUAUCUUGGGAUUGUUGAAAAGUAUGAACGGUUGUCUUCUCUAAGAGAGACCUUGAUCGACCUAGCAAGUCGGAUAUUUACUAAGGACCUGGAAAAAAGCAAGCACUUUCCUAAUGUACCUGCCACAGCAAUGAGAGACGCUUUGUUCCUGCGUUUGAAAAGAAUAGAAAGUACGCAAUAUGCCUCCUUUUUUGGGGAUAUAAAUCCCUGCCUUUGGAGACCCUAGAAAUACAGAGCAAGAAGGUAGUGAAGGUUCAACAAAUUUCACACUGCAAAUGCCCUGAGACCAAAGACAUUAAAGUGAGAAAUAUCUUAGUUUAAACUGUAAAAGUACAUAAGUAGAUUAAUUUAAAUUGAUACAUUUUGGAACAAAAUAAUCAAUAAACAUAUAUCUCUUCUCCUCUUGUUUUAUUUUUUAUAAUGUCAGAAUUCAUAUUUUCUGCAUAUUCAUUAAGUAAGUUUGGAGUGUGUAGAUUUGAUGCAAUGCAUAAUAAAGUGCAGUCUUGUGACAGUAUCCUUUUACAAGAUAAACGAAUGAAUAAAUUUAUGGUUAUUUUUCUUUA